GUGGGUGUGUGUGUGAUGGAGGUGGAGCGUGGCGGUGGUGGUGGGGAGGGGGUGGUGGUUGAGAUGGAGGACGCCGUGGGCAUACUGGUGGACGACCUCGUGCGACCGGCGCUGCGGAAGGGGAGCAGGAUGACGGCGGAGAAUCAGGCCGACGUCGCGCGCCAGAUUCAUAUGGCAGUCAUUCUGUAUAACUACUACCACAGGAAGCAAUUCCCGCAGCUUGCUUUCGCUGAUGCAAAGAGAUUCUUCAGGUGCGCAACUCUUACUCUCGGUGAGAGCUUGCUUGCGUACUCGACUAUGGUCCACCAGCAUGAGAAGAGUUCCUCAAGUUCUGGGGAGGCUGUGAAUCUCUCUGUGACCGAUAAAGCAGUCGUGGAUGCGUGCGGAAUCGCUGAAGCCCUCGACGCUAGCCAAGAAUCUCCAGACAUGACCAUGUGGCCGAUUUCAAAGGUCGCUGUGAUUCUUCUUGAUUCAACAAGGAAAAGAUGUCUGCUGGAGUGUGGCUCUGUCCGCAAAAAUGUUCGCUCGUUUUUGGAGAAAGAGAUUGACACAUCUUCCUCUAGUGAGCAUAACGGCAACCAUAUAGAAAGACAAGAAUCAGAAAAUGAAGAGGCCCAUGAACCUUUGGAUGGACCAUAUGUCCUCCAAAAGUUAGCAUUUUCAGAGGUGGAGCUUAGAACAGGUAUCGAGCGCUCAAGCUUGCGUCUCCUUGAGGAGCAUCUAGCAUAUUCAUUGACUAAAAAAGGGACAACUACAAAGCUGUUCAUCUUACAUUACGAGCAAACUGCUAAAGGCAACUUCGUGGAAGUGCCCAUUGAAGAAUUGAUCAAGAGGAUGAUUGGUCCUGUAGUUGAAAAACGCCCAUACCCUACAACAACAGUUGUUGCUGAGAGCUAUCACAUACUCCCAUAUAAGGAUAUUCUGUUUGGCUGCCUGCACAGGAAAUGGCAUUUUGAUCCUUCGUUGAGCAUGACAAAGGAAGAAACACGUCGAAAUGGGAAGUCUUCUUCGCAUUGUGAAAUAGAUGAAAAUGUGAAAGAACAAGAAUCUAAUGGAAGAGGGUCAGCACAAAAGAAAAUUAGACGAGAAAUAAAAGCAGAUGUUAGUAUUGACAAGAACUACUGCAGCACCAGCAAAAACAAAAGAAACAGUAAUGUGAUCAGCAAAAGAAAAUCUGAAAUCUUCAGGGCCACAGCUGCUGACAGUGCAGAGGGUCGUGACAGUGAGAUACCCAGGGUAAAAAAUGUACUGCCUUCUGUUCUAGAUGUGAAAACUAUGAAGUUUAUGAACGGUUCAGUUAAUGCAAAAGAGACAGCAACAACAAGCACAGAAAUUGUGGAUGUAGAGGCCGGUGUUCAAAUGGACAAGAAAAUAAGAGCGAAGCACUCUUUAAACAGAAAUAUUUCUGAAGAUACGGCUGUUGAGAAGGUAAUACAAAUUCUUGAUGAUGUUGACGUAUCAGAAUUCUGGAAAGCAGAAGGAUCGCAUGCACCUUCUGAACAAAGGCAUUCUGUUAGCCAGGCACCAGGGGUUGCUCAGUUGGAAUGGAAAAGCGCAGAAAUGUCAAAAAAGUCAGGUGGCGAUACUAAGGACAAUAAGGAUCAGAAGUAUGCUUAUUUCAAGUCAUAUCUGAAAAAACGGGAUGAUCUUCAUCGCAAGCAACGCAUUAUUGAAGAUGAAACUGUUCAAUUUGAUAUGGACAUUCAGACAGUCUUUGCUGGAGGGGAUUGGACACCAGAAGCGAUGUCACUGCUAGAAAAACAUGGAGUUGUUGCUGAUAGCUUAGAUAUGGUGGAAGUUGAUGAUGGUUCAUCCAGGUCUGGUGACAGAUAUGAAACAUUGACCUUGGAGAGGAAGAAAUUGACAAUGGAUUCCCUUCAACGCAAUAAAUGCCAGGCAGAGUUGGAUGAGGUCUGCCGUGAGAAUAAUUGGAUUCUUCCGAGAUAUAAAGUUAUUCCAUCACUAAAAGAUGGGAUGUACCUGGCCAACGUAGAUGUUGUAUGCCUGGAGUUCAGCCAAAUGACAUUUGGGGAUCCAAAGACGACCCCUCGCGAGGCACGGGAGUCUGCAGCUGCCAAACUUCUGAACGAGCUUCUCAAGAAGGCUGAUGCCAACAAGACGGGGAGCGCACCUGACCGAAGACUACUGAAGUAAACCCCCUGAAAUUGGUAGCCAGCAGGUAGCUGGAAAGUUGCAACUCAGCGCUGAACUUUCUGAGACAUGCAUGAUGCAUCCCCUUCGUUUAGACAUUUUACCUUGUAGUGAUCACUCGUGUCGUUCAAACUGUAGCUGUUGAUUUUAAUAGUUUUUUGGCCGUUUCGCGAAUUCUGUGACGCUGCAGGUGCAGUGUGAAUUUCGUGGCCGUUUUAAACAAUAGCCAUAGAUCUGUCGUGGAUUUGUCUGCAAUUAUCAGUUUUGGUACUGACGUUUCGUUUGAUUAUCCACAUUAGAGCUUUUUCGAUCUUCUUUUGAUAGAGCUGGUUUGUUCUUUUGCUUUUUCUGUUCCAUCUUCUUUACUGUAUUGGAUUUUGGUAGAAAUGUGUCGUUCCAUCUUCUGC